CUUCCUUGGCAACAAGAAGCUCCCCCAACUGACGGCGUGUUGAGAUAAACACGUUCAUGUCGGGAAUUUUAACGUUGUUUUAUUUUAUAUAGUUAUUUAAAUAUCUUAAAUUAGCUUCCUGUGACGCAGGGAACACGCGCCGGCGAGCAGCUACUUUAGCAUUAGCUAGCCAAAGCUAACGAGCUAAGCCAGGACCGCGGCGGUGGUCGCCAUGUCCCUGUGAGGAGAUGAGCCUCCGGGGUCGGUCACUGCUGCUCACUCUGUGUGUGUGGUUCGCAAACGCAGCCACAGACUCGGGGGUCUCUUCAACCGUCGGCCCGACCGAUGGAGGAGCUUUCACGGCGUCGACCCCCGCUCCUGGAGGCACAGAAGCCGAGGUCUCCACCGGUGUGUGGACCACAGAAGUGACCGAGGCUGUGUCCACCGAGGCCGCCGCCUGGUCCACCGAGGCUCCCCCUGCAGCCACCGUCCAGCCCGAGGAGGCUCCGCAGGCUUGUCUCUGUGAUUUAACCCCGGGUUUCUGUGAUAUCGGCUGCUGCUGCGACUCAGUGGAUUGUGGCGUCGCUAACUUGAGUACAGUUUUCACCGGAUGUCCUCAGAAAGCCAUAUCAGGGGUUUGCAUUGAGAAAUGGCUGAUGUUUCGGGCUAACGUGGAUUCAUCUCUGGUCACGGAGACUGACUCUCUGUUUUGUGUCCGGUCAGAAGAUAAUGCUCCCAAGUCUUUCCAAGCUCUUCCUCCGUAUCCAGCAUUAGGGGCAUCGUACCACUUCUCACCACCAGCACCUACAGGCAGCAGCCACAGCAGACCUUUCUACAGGGUUGAUGAUGUCAUUCAGACAUCUUUCUCCAAUUCUUUUGUGAGGGGUCUCCUUCGUCAGCCGUCUCCAGGGGCUGCCGCAUCAUUUUGUAUCAACCGCAACCCUGCAAAGUUCUUGAGGUCAACUUCUCUGUCUUGCACCCGCAUGUUGACGCCUCAGUCGUGCACCACAGACCCAUAUCUCAACUCCCGCUCCUACUUCUCUGAUUUAAGUCUAAUCAAGAUUCCAAUCGUUGAGACAACACAAGUGUCAGACUUUCUGAUCCCAGUUACACCCCUGUCUGAGUGGCCUGCACCAGUCCAACUAAACAACUCCUGUUUCAACGUGGUAAAAAAGGUGGAGUUUGUCAUAGGAUACACAGGCAGAGGAGAACUCACGUAUGCAACUGUGAACAUAGUAUUAGCUCAUCUGGAUCCAAAUCAGAUUGUGAUGCAGACGCACUCUGUGCAGUUCCAGUUAGCCACACCCAACCCCUCUCCAGGAGGACAGAUCCCGGCAGACGGACUCAGGGUGGGGUCUCCUGUCAUUGGUCGAUUUAAUGGAAACAUGACGACUAUUACCACGCUGAGGGCGUCUCAGGGUGGAGAGUGUUCGAUUGAUCCAAGCGAACGAGCACCUGUCCUCUUCACACUCAACACCAUCGCUGGCUGCACAUUCAGUUCUCCGUCGAGAGACUGCUCAGAGCUGCGGUCCCAGAUUUAUGGGGUCUUGCAGGGACUUGCCACUCCUGAUGAGAUCGCCAUGAACUCAGGGUCCCAACUGAGCUGGACGAGAGUCAUCACCCAGGAGUGUCCCGUCGACCCACAGGAAACAUGUGAGUCAGGCUGCCUUCUCCCGCACUCUCUUUCUAUACAAGUGCUAUGGGCUCGCCAAGGUCUCUUACACCUUCCCCAGAACUACAUCCUGGGAGCCAAAUACAUAUUCAAGUGUCGAAAAGUCAAGUGUCCUGUGUCGUCCCCUCUCGUUCUAACUACUGAAGUGACAUUUGCAGACACCACAGUUUUCCCCAACCCCCCCCGGGGCUCGCCUCAGCCCAGCUGGAAGUUUCCAUUUGGUUUCUUCACUAGAGGCACCGCUGAGCUGGACGGCCACGUUGUCAUUAACGGCAGUGACACUGAGCAGGUCACAUGGAGUUUAAUGCUGUUCACUGUCAUGUUGCUAAUAGGAUUAGAAUUCUUCACAAGGUAGCUGUAAGAUAAAAGAAUGUUUAUUUUUUUAUACAGAGACAUGUUGCAUACUGUGUCAUCCCAAAAUACCUUAAUAUAUGUGUUUUGUAACAUUUACAGGAAUAAAUACAUUUUUACAAGACA